AUGGUAAUUUUUUCUAUAUUAUUUUUAUUAUUAUCUAAUGCCGUUACUUUAAGACGAGACAAAUCUAUACUUUUUAGUAGAGUAGCUAUCACAGUUUUACUCUAUUCUUCUUUAAUUGCUUUUUAUAGCUUAUACUUUUGUUUAGAUAGUGGUAUAGGUUUAUAUGGUGGUUUAUUCCAUGCUACAACUACAACACAUGUUUUUCAUAUUUUUAUCUUUUUAAUUAGUGCUGCAAUAUUACAAUUAACAGCUUUUUAUCCAAGAAAAGUUAACUAUCAAAUUUAUUUCGGUUAUAUACCUAGGAUUAUUACAUCAAUGGACAAUCGCGGAUCUAAAUCAAACUACAUGUUUGUAAAAGAGCAACGAGUAGACGGCAGUUGA